AUCGUUUUUAGAAUGUAAUUGUAUGCAUCCUGACGUAACACGGUCCCGCUCAUAAACCUUCAUGUUCAAGGGUUGCGCUGCAAUACCUGGCAACCCUCCCCCGGCGGAUCUUCUCUCGGUAGGUUCUGGAACCUCAUGCUCGCGCUAUGGAGAAAGCAGCGCAACUGAAAGAUGAAGGCAACAAGGCACUGAGUGCAGGAGACGUGGAGGCAGCGGUCAGGUGCUACACAGAGGCCCUGACCCUGGACCCUAACAACCACGUGCUCUUCAGCAACCGCUCCGCUGCUUACGCCAAGAAGGGCGACUACGACAGUGCCCUGAGAGACGCCUGCCAGACCAUAAAGAUCAAGCCGGACUGGGGCAAGGGCUACUCCAGGAAAGCAGCUGCUUUGGAGUUUCUCGGGCGACUAGAGGAUGCCAAAGCCACCUAUCAGGAGGGGUUACGCCAAGAGCCGGCCAAUCAGCAGCUCAAGGAGGGUCUUCAGAGCAUUGAAGCGCGGUUAGCAGAGAGAAAGAUGAUGAACCCGUUCUCCAUUCCCAACCUGUAUGAGAAGCUGGAGGGCGACCCUCGAACCCGAGCGCUGCUGUCUGACCCCAGCUACAGGGAGCUUCUGGAGCAGCUCCGGAUCAAGCCCUCGGAGCUCGGCGCGAAGCUGCAGGACCCACGUGUGAUGACCACUCUCUCGGUGCUGCUGGGGCUGGAUCUAGCUGGUGUGGAUGAAGACGAGGAAGCCACUCCGUCCCCUCCGCCCAAACCCAGAGAGACGGCUCCGCCCCCUCCGCCCAAAGAGGAGGAGCUACCGGAGAACAAGAGAAUGGCCUUGAGGGAGAAGGAGCUGGGCAACACAGCAUAUAAGAAGAAAGACUUUGCUGCUGCACUGAAGCACUAUGAAGCAGCCCUGAAGCACGAUCCCACCAACAUGAUCUAUCUGUCAAACCAAGCAGCUGUGCGUUUUGAAGAGGGUGAGUUUGAGAAGUGCAGAGAGCUGUGUGAGAAGGCCAUCGAGGUGGGACGAGAGAACCGCGAAGAUUACAGACAGAUCGCCAAGGCCUACACCAUGAACGCCAACACCUACAACAACCACUACAAACAAUAGAAGCACAGAGAGGCGGUCCAGUUUUUUAAUAAGAGUCUGACUGAGCAUCGCACGCCUGAAGUCCUCAAGAAGUGCCAGCAGGCCGAGAAGAUUUUAAAGGAGCAGGAGAAGCAGGCCUACAUCAAUCCAGAUUUGGCACUGGAGGAGAAAAACCAGGGCAAUGACGCCUUCCAGAAGGGUGACUAUCCUUUGGCCAUGAAGCAUUACUCAGAGGCCAUCAAGAGAAACCCGUAUGAUGCCAAGCUCUUCAGCAACAGAGCUGCCUGCUACACCAAACUACUGGAGUUCCAGCUGGCGCUCAAGGACUGUGAGGAGUGCAUCAAGCUGGAGCCGAGCUUCAUUAAGGGUUACACACGCAAGGGAGCGGCGCUCGAGGCUAUGAAGGACUUCUCUAAAGCAGUGGAUGUGUACCAGAAAGCUCUCGAGCUGGACUCCAACUCGAAGGAGGCCAGCGAGGGUCUGCAGCGCUGCAUGGUGAGCCAGGCCAUGAGGAACGACAGUCCAGAGGACGUGAAGCGCAGGGCCAUGUCUGACCCCGAGGUGCAGCAGAUCAUGAGCGAUCCUGCCAUGCGCUUGAUCUUAGAGCAGAUGCAGAAAGACCCGCAGGCCCUCAGCGAUCACCUGAAGAACCCCGUCAUCGCUCUGAAGAUCCAGAAGCUGAUAGACGUGGGGCUCAUAGCCAUCCGGUGAUCAGAGGAGCAGCAUAGCCAGCACAUUAUCCAUCAGCAGAAGACGACGGCGGGACGAAUCCUUCACACACCGACCCGGACCCUCUCCUCACACUUCGAGGGCAUCUAGCCUCAGAUACAUUAGUGUGGCUUUCGAGCCUUCAUAUUAAACCUUUAUCUUUGUAUUUCUUUUCUUUUCUCUUUUACACCUCAGUAUUUGGCAGAUUGGUUCUGAGUCUAGUUGUGUUCUGUCUGUGUUUUGGAGGAGAGGGCUGUGUCCUCAUUGAUCCUCUCUGUGUGUCUGAAUGUGAACGCAUGGCUGUUAUUGUGCUCUGUAACGCUCUUCUGAACUGCCUCCCACCUGUCUGGGUUCUUUUAUAGUUUGCGGUCGAUUAGCUGACUGUGUUUUCAGCUUCAUCAUAUUGAAAAGCAGCAUGGGUUUAAUAAAGUUCUGGAUCCGUGAA